CAGGCGCAUAGUAAACUUUUGUUUUAUUGUGUGGGGGAAAAAUUCUCCUAUUAGAUCAGCAGAUAUCCAGAAAUACCCUGGUUCUGCAAACCGCUCCCACCUCAGCACUUGCUGACCAAUGGGAAGGGGAAGCAGGGUGUGUGCACAUGCCAUAUAAGAGAGAUGAUGCCCAGGUGGUGGAGCAUUGAACAGGUGAGCACUCCAAUUCUCAUGUCGCCACUCUUCACUGCCUAAGGAUACUACUUCACGGCACCAGACACAGGACCUGACAAAGUUUGUCCUUAAAGCAUGCUGACGGAGUUAGAGACGAGGGCUUACGUGCCCGAAGUGAAGCUGGGUGGAUGUCGGGGUUCCUGGAGUGGGGUGGCACCGUCGUCCUGCGCUGAGGUUGACCUCGAGGUCAUCGAGGAGUACCUGCAGGAGCAUUCGCUCGAGGUCCAACCCGCUCACACACCUUCAACGUCCAUGGCUGCCAACAUGGGUCACCAGACGCACGUUCACUCCCACCGGGACGCCAGGAUCAUAGAGAACAGCUGGUCGGGUCAGCAUCCGUAUGAGUGGCGCUACGGCUGCCACACUCCAAACGAGGAGUACAAGGAGCCAACCCCACAUCCAGCCUGGCAGAGUCCGCAAGACCAGUGGGAACACAUAACCUACUACGAGCCUACGAGUAUAUAUAUUGAUUCAGACUCGCAGUCAAGCAGUUCCCAGUACCAGGAUUACCAAGAUUCACCAUCACCACCCUCCGACAGAGGGGAGAGGAAGGACAGAAGCCUGCCUCUGGCACCGCUAUCAGGAAAGAGGAAGGAGCGCCUGUUCCAGUUCCUGUUUGAGAUGCUUCAGACUCCAUCAAUGAGGAGCUGCAUCUGGUGGGUCCAGUCCUCCUCUGGAACCUUUCAGUUCUCCUCCCAGAACAAGGAGAGCCUGGCGCAGCUGUGGGGUCGCCGAAAGGGGAACCGCAAGACCAUGACCUACCAGAAGAUGGCACGGGCACUAAGGAACUACUCACGGACUGGAGAGAUCCACAAGGUGAAGAGGAAGCUCACGUACCGCUUCGAUGAGAAGACGCUGAAAGGCUUACAAGGAGACGGCAAAUUAGAGUAGCUAGUGUGUCAAAGAGCUCAUAUCAGAAAAUCAUUGGACUCACAUGACAUAUUUUGUGCAGAUUCUAACUAUAAGGUAUUUUGAAUGACAAAUAAAUACUAAGUAUUUGAAGGGCCAGAGCAUUAACUACUGACAGUCGGGGCUUUGUAUUGGUACAGCAGUGGUGUGUCAGAAGACUAAACAAGAAAUGAUGAAAGUGAUACAUGCAAAUUUCAGGCUGUGAAUGAGAGGUCAGCUGGCAAAACACCAAGUAAAUCUAAAAGAUUAUGACAUAUUCUCUACUUUAUAAGUAGAAUUUAAAUCCGUCUAUUAAUAAAAGUUGUUUUUCCUCUGUUUUGUGAUUCUGUGUUGCAGGUAUUCAUGAAAAUGUGUGCAUAAACGUACUCUGUUUGUGUCAAAAUAUCUUGUUCAAGAUAAAAUAAAUCGGAAAAAGAGCAGAAAAAAGUGAGUUUGUUUUUUUCUCUGUCUGCGUACACAAACAAAGAUGCCUUGUGAAGAGCGGCUCGUCGAGAUAAACAUUAAUGUGCUUGAAGCAAGCCCACAUACACAGACUUACUGUACCAGGGCAGACACAGGCAUGUGACCGUAGCCAAAAUUCUAUGCAAAGCAAGCAUGCAUUAAAAACCGCCGCAGCAAACAGCCCUGCUAAUCAGUAACAUCCAAAAUACACCCUCACAACAAUAAAGGCAGACAUGCAAACACACGCGCACACACUCGCGCGCACACACACACACACACAUGCAAACUGAGCUAGGUGUACAGGGAAAGAAUUACUGUCAUAAAGUUUCCAAUAGCAAACUAACUCAGUUUCUUCAUAGAGAUUUUCAACCAUUUUCAUGUUUCUUUUAAGAAUAAGUGUUGUGACUUUUCUUCUGGUGUUACAUCCAUGAAUUUGCAAACCAAAGCUGUUUUCUGAUCUCACAUUGAUCACUGAUACAAUUUUUUUUUUGGCCACAUAUAUGGACCAUCUUCCUGCUGAUAGACCAAAUGAUGAUGGCAGCUUUUUCUGGGUCCUUGUGGGUAUUUCUAACAGUUGAUGUUGCCACACACUUUAACAUAGAAUAAUGUGUUAUUCCACAUAUUUAUCCUUUGAAGUGUUUGCUGCUGACAACUUUUAUUUAAGUCUCAUGUGACCCAAAGCACAUGAUUCCCGUUGAAGUCCCAGUAGUGUUUUGCACGCUCCGCAUGUUUAUACUUGAGAUGGUAAGACAGAAAAUAUUUAGAUGGCCUCUAAUGGUUUCCAAGUCAUUUAUGUGAUUUUUGGACAUCCUUCUGACUACAAGGUGUUAAAAAUAGAUUGAAUAUGAGUCACAUCAAAAUUAAACCCAAGGGAAUUCA